GCCGCCGGCCCCCCGCGCCGGCACGGGCAGCGCCGGGCAGCCCGCCCCGGGCCGUGCGCUAGGCGGCGGCGCAGCGCCCGCGGCCCGGCGGCCCCCCAUGGAUAAGGCAGGCUCGCUGCACAGCUCCGUGCCCGCGCCGCCGCCGCGGCUCUACCUGCCGCGCAACUUCAGCUGCAGCGCCUGCCUCUAUGGCAGCCUGGCCGAGCAGUGCAGGGGCGGCUGCAGCCCCGACGGCGAGGCGGCGCCCGCGGCGCGCGAGGCGGCGGGCGAGAAGCCGGCGGCGGGCGAGAAGCCGCCCCGCGGCCGCGAGCCCUCGCUGCCCGCCGUGCCCCCCAGCCCCACGCAGCGCCGCCGCGCCAAGUCGCUGCCCACGCCCGGCGACCGCAGCCUGCGCCCGGCGCUGCAGCAGAGCCCGUCGCGCCGCAAGACCGUGCGCUUCGCCGACUCCCUCGGCUUGGAGCUCACCUCGGUGCGGCACUUCUGCGAGGCCGACCUGCCGCGGGUGCCGCCGCCGCGCCCCGCCGACCUCCUCAAGACCAGGAAGCCGCCGGCGCUGGGCGACCUGGAGCCGGUGCUCUUCGGGCCGCCGCCGCCGGCGCUGGAGCCGCUCUUCCCGCCGCAGCCCGGCGCCAGCCCCGGCUUCGCGGAGCGGGUGCGGCAGCACAAGGUGAGGCUGGAGUGGGUGCGCGCCGAGCCGGCGGGGCUGCGCGGCGCCGUGCGCGUCCUCAACCUGGCCUACGAGAAGGCCGUGUCGGUGCGCUACACGCUGAACCGCUGGGCCAGCUGCGCCGAGGUGCCGGCCGCCUACCAGCCCGCGGGGCCGGCCGACGGCCUCACCGACCGCUUCGCCUUCCACCUGCCGCUGGGCGCCGCCGCCGCCGCCGCCGAGGCCUCGCUGGAGUUCGCCGUGCGCUACCGCGUCGCCGGCGCCGAGUACUGGGACAACAACGAGGGGGCGAACUACCGGCUGCGGGGCCGGCCCCGCGCCGCCGCCGCCUGCCUCCCGGGGGACCCCGACAGCACCGCCUGGAUCCACUUCAUCUGACCGCGCGGCCCGGCCGCCUGCGCCCCCCUCACC